GGUCAAAGUGUGUUUGUUGUCUGUUUUAUGUUGAUUAUGUCGAGUAGCGUAGCAAGGGUAGUUUGAUUAGCGGGCGAAUACGAGUUAAGGAAGGGAAUAUGUCACUUUGAAGUUAUUUUGAUUUUGCUGAGAUUAUAUCUUUUCAAUCAAUUAUUUAGCAAGUGCUAAUUAUGUAAAUUGCCUAAGCAUAUCAAAUAAUUAAACCUGACUGCAAACUAUUAAAGCCAUUAAAAAAUCAAGCGUGCUCUAUUUGAUCAAGUUUACGAUAAGAUUCAGAAAGAACAGCUCGGAUUUUAGCGUCUUCCCACACCCCUUAAUGUGAGCAUUGCCUUCAUGCGAUUGUGAUUCGUGACCAUACAUUUGUUCGCUGAUUCUUUGUGUCAGUAUUACUAUAUAUGCAAACGAAUCGAGCAUUCUAAGAGAACAUCUCAGUAGCACAUCUCUGAAUUCUUAUUCUUAAAUAAAGCUUAUACAUGAAGAUAGGCGUACGUUAAUGUUAGCCUCGAGCUCGGUCAGUCAUCAAUUUAUUCAUGCUUGCUCGCUAUAGUAACAAGACAUUUGAAUUUGUUCCCACUCCCGCGUGAAGUAGCGGCCAGCAUAUGACCUACGCCAAUUGCAUCUCGACAUUCACCUGGCCACACCACUUUCAAUCAGCUCUAGAAUUGCAAAGUCAUGGAAUCGUCUAAGCCAUUUCUGGUUAAAAACAUCCUGGAGAUUCAUGAUGAAACGCCUGAUGUAGAGCAAAAUGACAUUAAAAGUGAAACAGAAGACACUGAGACGGACCAAGAAGUUCUAGAAAAAGUUGAAGAAGAAAAAGAAACGGCGCAAGACUCAACAGGAAGUCAGGUCAACAGAAGAAAGGUUCGACGCUGCUUCCGUGCGGAGCAAUUGGAAUACCUCGAGAGAUGUUUCAUGGAGGCGAUUUACCCCGAGGCCAGCAUGAGGAAAAGGAUUGCACAGGAAUUAAAAGUCUCCAAUGAUCGCGUCCAGGUUUGGUUUCAAAAUCGGAGAGCAAAGGCAAGAAAACAGUGGAAGCAACAAUAUUGUACUUCAGUUGCCACUGCGUCUAGAAGCUCCCCCACGAGUAUACCCAAGCCACCCCUUGCUUCAGGACUGCAUUUGAGGUUUGCCAGCCCUGUUUAUCAAUAUGGACAGCUUCGCCGUGACUUUCACCUACACAGAUACGAUAGACGAAACACUAUGGUCCCUUUUCCACCUUUUGAUGGCCAAAGGACACAGGGUCCUCCUCCAAUUCCGUUAUGUAGUUGUUGCCCUAUGCCAAGAUCAUUUGCACAUUUCAAGCCUUACGAGCCACGACUCAGCCACAGUCCAACGACUCCAUCCGGCCACCGACUCUGUCAAUGCUUGCCAGUGCGGCCGAGACCUACUUGCAUGCCAUAGGCUCAAGUGCGUUUGUGCUAUAACAAUGCCAAUUUGUGUUUAACCAUUCGAAAAUCUGCGAAGAACUAACACAUAAUGGUGCUAACCAUAAUUUCUCUAGAUAUGUCAGCAGAAAUCUCCCACUUUGCUACAUACAAUUUAUUUGUCACAGGACACAAUCUAUCAAAGUAGAAAAAAAUAUUCCAGAAUCUUGAUACAAGAACUUUUUAACUUGUAAUUAUAUAAAGUUGAUAACUGUAAAAUCGAUCAUGUUUUUAGCAUUCCAAAACAACGUUACCCAUGUAAAGAUGAUAGAAUAAAAAGAGAAUGCAUCAAUCAAUUAUUGUUUGUCUUGUCAAAAUGUAAACAUUAAGAGGUUGAACUGAGAAAUUUAUCUUAUGACAUCUUCAAGGACAUACACU